GAGGAGAUCCAUGCCAAGGAUGCCAGCCGCGAGGAAAGCCUCCGAGCGGAAGGGCUGACCUCGGCCGAAGGAGCUCUGAAUCGAGGCUCACGGACCGUAUGUCGUCACUGGCUGAAGGGCCUUUGCAUGAAAGGGGACAAGUGCGACUACUUGCACCAGUUCGACCUGAAUCGCAUGCCAGAGUGCCUGUUCUUUCUCAAGACUGGCAAGUGCUACGACCAAGACUGUCUCUUCAAGCACGUGGCCGCGAGUGAGCGCCAGGAGUGUCCAAGAUAUCGCAUGGGCUUCUGCCGUCUUGGCCCCUUGUGCCGAAUGUCGCAUGAGAGGCUGCCAAGAGACAAGAUGCCUGACGUGCUGCCAGAUUGGUUCAUCCAGCCGCUUUUGAAGAAUGGGCACCUGGUGCCCAAGGCGGAGGAUGUCAAACUCUCGUCGUUUGAGUUUCGAAGGACUGAGAGUUUUGCACUCACUGCGUCCACAUCCACGGAGCUUGGGGCCAUCCCGGGACUCCCUCCUCCGGUGCAGGGCAAGUGCCGAUUCUUCGUCAUGCGCUCGAUGAACCUUCGCAACCUGCAGAUCUCCGCUUGCAAGGCGGGCAGAGAGAACUUGCCGUGA